GUCUCGCUUGGAGAAGAACUGCGUCGCGAAGGAACCGAUAAAUAACAACCCUGUAUUUUACAAGCGACGGUCUUUAAACCAUUACGGAAAGUUAUACCUUGUUGAAUUGCUUGCCUAUAUGGUCACGGGCACAAGUGGGAGGUGGGAAGAAAGAAACUCUGUGACAGUAGGAUCCAACAAGCUGUGCUAAGUUUUUUAGUCUCUGUGGACUGACAUGAAUCACACUACCUGUUGAUGGAACCAGACUUUCAAGUUUAAAACUGGUGAGCUUCUUGGUUCAUUUUGCCCCUACCAAGACGAUGACCUGGCCUGAUUGGGGUUUCAUUUUCUGACCGAGACUACCCAGAGGCACGAGGGGGACGGGGAGAAACGUCCCCAAAUCACCGUGGCAACAGUGUGUGACUGACAGGACGUUGUGGGGACCCACAGCAGAGGAGCCAUGCCUGCCCUCUUCACAGGGGCUGGCACUGAGCCAGGCCUGUACGAGCUGCUGGCGGUGCUGCCGUCCCAGCUGCAGCCGCACGCCCAGAGCCCAGAGGACACCUCCUUCCUCUCCAACAUGUUCAACCAGCGCAGCCUGCACUCGCUCGUUAAGAUCCACGAGACGCUGCAGUGUUACGAGGACAACACUCCUGUGCCCGUCCUGCAGACCGCCGAAACACUCGCCUUAGACCUGGCAGACGAGCUUCAGAAUAAGCCCCUGACAGGAGAGGCUAAGGAACUCAUCAAGCUACUGUCCAGACCGCACAUCAAGAGUCUGUUGGCGGUCCAUGACACGGUGGCCCAGAAGAGUUACGACCCCGAGCUGCCGCCACUACCAGACGACCUGGACGAUGAGGAGGACUCAGUCAAGAUCAUACGCCUUGUCAAGAACAAGGAGCCCCUGGGUGCCACCAUUAAAAAGGAUGAGCGUACGGGUGCCAUACUCGUGGCCCGGAUCAUGCGCGGAGGAGCAGCUGACAGAAGUGGUCUAAUCCAUGUGGGUGAUGAGUUGAGAGAAGUCAACGGAAUUCCAGUCGACGGCAAGAAGCCGGAGGAGAUCAUUCUUAUUCUGUCCCAGUCUCAGGGUGCCAUCACCUUUAAGAUCGUGCCCGGCGUCAAAGACGACCUGCCCUCCAAGGACCCCAAGAUGUUUGUGCGUGCCCUGUUUGACUACAACCCAGUGGGUGACAAGGCCAUCCCGUGUAAGGAGGCGGGCAUGAGUUUCCAGCGGGGCGACAUCCUGCAGGUGAUGAGCAAGGACGACGCCACCUGGUGGCAGGCACGCCUCAACUCCGACACCAACCCCCGCGCCGGGCUCAUCCCCUCCAAACAGUUCCAGGAGAGGAGGCUAACUCUACGACGGCCGACCACGCUUCCACCGCCCCAGAAAAUAUCCAGCCGCAGAUCUUACGAUGAAGCCCUAGAAUGUGUUGGCCUGAGGAGGAGUUUCCGUCUGAGUCGGCGAGAUAAGAAGACCAACAAGUCGAUGUACGAGUGCAAGAAGAGCGACCAGUACGACACAGCAGACGUGCCCACAUAUGAGGAGGUGGCAUCGUACCGCAGGCAGAAUGGCGCUCGGCACAGACUUGUGGUCCUAGUCGGUCCUACGGGUGUGGGUUUGAAUGAACUGAAGAGGAAGUUACUAAUAUCUGACCCGCAGCACUUUGGUGUCACCGUGCCACACACCUCCCGGCCAAAGAGGAACCAGGAGACUGAUGGGGUGGAGUACCACUUCAUCUCCAAGCAUCUCUUUGAGACGGACAUUCAAAAUAACAAGUUUAUUGAGCAUGGGGAGUAUAAGGGAAAUCUGUAUGGAACAAAUUUGGACUCUAUCCGCUCUGUGCUGUCCAAGAACAAGGUGUGCCUUCUCGACAUCCAGCCUCAUACGGUGAAGCACCUGCGUACAGCGGAGUUUAAGCCCUUCGUGGUGUUUGUGAAGCCGCCGUCCCUGGAGCGGCUGAGGGAGACGCGUAAGAAUGCUAAAGUCAUCUCUGGCCGCGACGACAAGACCUCCACCAAGGCCUUCACGGAGGAGGACUUCCAGGAGAUGAUCAGCGGUGGCCAGAUGAUGGAGAACCAGUACGGCCACCUCUUCGAGAAGGUCCUGGUCAACGACGACCUCACCACCGCCUCCAACGAGCUGCUGGCCGCCCUCAAGAAGGUGGAGAGCGAGCCACACUGGGUCCCCGUCAGCUGGACACACUCCUAGGGAAGGGAGAGAGAGGAUGGAGGGAUGGAAGAAGAGAAUGGUGGAGGAACGCAGAAACAAUGGAUGGAGCGAAGAGGGAAUGUGAAGAAGACAAAACGAAAACAAGAAACAAAAACUAUAAAAAAUGAAAUGAUGAUAAAAAACUUUUUUUGAAUUGGGGUGGAGGGGGUAUGCAGGAGGGUGAUUUUUGUUUUGGUAUUUCUAAGCUGUGGGAGACUGUAGUUUGUUUGAGAGGAUAGCGGGUGGGUGGGUGAGGGUGUGGGUCGUGUCAUGAUCAUGAGGGGGAGUGGGUGUCGUGUACACUGGGUUGUUCUGGACGGCUCUAUUUUCGGGGGGCUGGGUCCCGGGCCAGCUGCACUGAUGGACUUUGGCGAAGAAGAAGAGAGGAGAGGAGAGUUAGAGGAGAAGAGGCUGAGAAGUGCUGGAGCCAGCCUGCCACUCACGCGGUCGGGGCCUCCCCUUAGUGUAUUUUUAACCUCUAGUUUAUAGAAACCAAAGGGAUUAUUAUUAUUUCUUCUCUGUGGGCUCGGGUUACAGUUUACAUAUACAUGCCCGUGUAGUCUCUGAAUAUUGUGUGUGCGUGUGGAUGUGCGUGUGCGUGUGGGUGUGUGUGUGUGUGUGUGUGUGUUUGUGUGCGCGCAUGUGUGUGUGUGUGCGUAUGAGUGUUUGUAAGUAGGGGAAAUGAAAUAGAAACUGCCGAUUGCGUUUGCCUUUUCAGUCUUAAAAACUCCUGAAAUCUGGACGAUGCAUCGCCCCUCCUCCUGCUUAACAUAUGGCCAUGUAUAUUCGCACUAAACACAGACGUACAGACGUACAAAAAAAACUGCAUAAAAAGUAAAAUACAAACUAAGUGAACACUGGCAGACAAACUGGAGGGUGUGAUUGUUGUUUUAUUUAAAAUGUGAAAGCUAAUAUAUUUUAGUAAGAAAAACAGAGAGAAACUUUACGGUUUUACACGCCUUUUUAUAAAACUGCUUUUAUCCUCAUUAAAAAAAGAAAAGUUACAUGGGGGCUCAUCCUUUCUUUCUUUCUCUCUCUUUUAAUCUGAGACACACAUACACACACGCAUAUUGUGCCGAAUUCAUGGACACUUUUUUAUGCUCUAGACAGGGCCUGUGUGUAGUACAUGCAGUAUGUGCGUUUUGUAACAGGAUUUCAUACUUAACUCAGGAGAUGUAUUUUAAAAGGAGCCCUCCACCCCGGCCUGUCCCGUCCACUUUUGUCCCCCAUCCACAAGCAGAGACCCUCCUCUCCACUCCACUCCACCCCAACCCACUUGGGCACCUUGCUCUGCCCCUAUGCCAGAGCUCUCCAGCGGGCAGGCAGAACUGGCUGCUGGUCCCUGUUACACUGGAAGAAAGCCUCCCUCGCUCCGCUCUACUCCUUGCAAUUAGGCUUGGCGCUGGAGAGAAGUGUGUGGGUUUUCCUCUUGAGCUCAUUAAAAGCGGACAUGUUUUAAAAUGUUUGUGUGUAUGGGACUGUACUGUAUGUGAUAUUAGGAGGGAGGACAUCUUAAAUAAGGAACCCAUCAGACGAGGAUGUUCCGAAAUGCUUCCAGAAUUACACCUGGCACAGUUGACAGCCUAGCUAGCUCAAACUGUCUGCCUCUCUCUUCAGCAGCUCUAUGUAGAAGAGGAGGAUUGGGACAUUAGUCAGUGAGGCAAUGUCUGGAGAACGUGCAAGACUUGCCCUCUUUUGAUCACAGUGUCUUUCAUUUGCUCUCUUUCACUCUGUUUUCCUUCAUUCUCUCGUGUAGUAUAUUCUCUUUCUAUCUAUCUUUCUAUCUAUCUUUCUAUCUUUUGUCUUUUCAUGUCUUGUUCAGUAAAACCAUAGCCAUAGCCGUUCUGGACUGUUACAGAAUUUGGUGUUACUUAUCGCCCCUUCAUGCCUUGUCCCUCUGACGGGGAAAUGUGGUCUGCUGAAUCAUGUAGUCAAUAUUUGUUAAAAAAAAAACAUUCCAGUCACCAGUCAUCUUCACUGCAAUAUCUACGUCUCUCUCUCUCUCUCUCUCUCUGUCUCUCUCUCUCUCUCUCUCUCUCUCUCUCUCUCUCUCUCUCUCUCUCUCUCUCUCUCUCUCUCUUUCUCUGUCUCCCUCUCUCUCUCUCUCUCUCUCUCUCUCUCUCUCUCUCACCCUCACCCUUUUUACCUCCCUCCCCCUCCACAUCUGUCUUCUAAUGAAAAAAUGUGUGUGUGAAAGAAAGGCAGGUUACUGGUUCCUGCUGAAACGGUCAGGAAAGCCACUGUGUUCAUCCUGGGCUCUGUUCUGUUCUUGUGAUUUGAGAACUGCUGCGCAAUAUGUACUGCCUGUCAGUGGCCGACCGUAGGAGUUGGGCCUCCUGUGCAGAGAAAUGGUUCUUUCCUGUACAUUAAAAACAACAUGAAGCUA